ACUCGACUCAUCCAAUCAUCCUUUUAUUACAACAAGAUCCAGAGUUUCUUAUAAAAGAACAUACGUUUGUGCUUAUAGUAGUUGCUGACAAUGAUGUCUUACUUCCCCAUACUUCUCGCCUUUGGAUUGCUUGCUGUGGUUUUUGGCGCCGAGCCAACUUCCGAAAAGUGUAAAGAGGAAGAAAAACUAGUGAAACAGUGCUUGAAGAAUCUUCCACGCAGUUACAAAUUGUCGAAUACAGGAUUGAUUCUAGAGAAUAAGGAGUACAAAGAUGAAAGCCAAAAGUGUCUUGAUCAACUGACCUGUGAUCUAUCUAAGAGCGCCUUCAAAGUUCAAGCGGUAACACAAGAAAUUAUGGAGAAAUUUGGAGAGAUAGCCUCCUGCUUCCAUAACGCCUAUCCAAAAGUGAAGGAAAUGUGUGCCAGAAAAACAAAUGCCAGCAACAAGGACUGCUCGAAUUAUGAGGAAAACGUCAAAUGCAUUGAAGAAGAUCUUGCUAAAACCCGGUUCUGCAGUCAACCAGAUAUUGAAAACUUCAAAACAUUUUCCCAUCUAAUUGUUGAAACCUGUAAAGCAACUGUUGAGUAUCAAAAAGCUGCUCAGUAAGGACUACUAAACUUUUCGAAUUAAUUCCUACCUUUUUGUAUUGAUAUAGCCUUUUUAUUAGUUUUGUAUUCUCCGCUUUUUCUUUCAAUACAUUAUCAAUAAAAUUAUUUUGAAAAAUUUUUUACUAGCCGUACCGUUUUACUAAUUGUGAAAAAUUUUAAUUACUUUUUUUUCUGAAUGUGUUCCGUAAAUACAGUUUUCAAAAGAUGAAAUUAAAUAAUG